UGAAAAUAUACGAACUAUAACUUGUAUAGAAUAGUUUGAAUAGUCUACACGUUGUGUUUUGUUUUGCAGUGAGAACUAUUUAGCAAAAAUGUGAUUUUAUAGGUUAUAAAUAGGCAACUUGCGAAAUUGUUUUGCCAAUUGUUCAGUAUUUCAAGCGAGCAAGAUGUUAUCAAGUACACGCCGCGUAGAUCCGGCAUCACACUGCACAACGCCAUCUGAACCCGGGGCUCCCCACCUGGUGCCGGUCAAGGUUGGCUGUCUCCACAUCAAUCUAGCUACUGAAAGGGGUCGCAAGAUCUUUCUUCUUCAAAUGCUGAUGGUAUGCUUCAUCCCCCAUGCUGCCCUGAUCCUGCAGAACUGCUCCAUAAUGUCGCAGCUGAGCAGCACCAUGGAUGCAUCAAUUUUUUUGAAUAAUAAAGUCAGUGGUAUACUUGAGCACUGCGAUGCAGUGUUGGCCAUCCAAGAUGAAAGGAGUGCUGUGACUAAUUAUUUACUCGGGGACAGCAAUGAGAAUGAAAAUCCGAUGCAAUUACAGCGAGUUUUCUCGGCAACAGAUGCGAGAUUGCAGAAAGUCCAACACGCGAUUCCAGAUCGACUGAAAUUGCUUCUGUAAAAGCCGCCGGAGAUAAAGGGAUUGCACAGAACAUCGGCUUAUGACCAAAUUAAUUCAAUUUUACUGCUCUACAUAAUGCGAAAUGUCAAAAUAGCUUCAUCAAACGUUUGGCGACAGUUGACUUCAAGCUUCGAGCUUCUGAAAUCAAUGGAGGAGCUGUCAUUAUCAUUCCAAUAUCUCGUACUAGGAGAUAAUGAUUCGAAGCCGUUCUUUAUGAAACUGCACCUGAAGUCAGCGCUGGAUCACUUGACAACUACCAAGCAGUAUUUAGAAGUAGAAGGCCAAGAAGAUGCUCGUGUACUAGAAGAUUUAAUUGUGGUUUACGAAGACUGGGACGGAUUACACAUUAACGAGCAGGAUUGGACCGCACGCUUCAUUGAGAGCGCUCAAAGCAAUUUAAACAAGCUUAGACAAGUCCAACGUAAUUUGUGGGAUUAUGUUCACGUAUCUGUGGACAGCGAAGUGUGGUCUGCCAGGAGGACGCUGGGGUUUGGUAUCUUGGUUUUAAUCCUGGUGCUCUUAGUUUCUCCACUCCUCAUUUUGCUUCUACGAUACACCAUCAGUACUAUACAGAAAUUCACCGAGUCAAUAGAAAUAAGUACACAGAAGCUGGUUGCUGAGAAACAGAAGAGUGACCUACUGUUGUCUCGAAUGCUGCCCAUACCAGUCCUAAGGAGGCUUCGGGCUCAGAAGACAGUUCCUGCCGAGUCCUUUGACGCUGUUACUAUCUACUUCAGUGAUAUUGUUGGUUUCACUAACAUUGCUGCUAAAAGCACGCCCAUGGAAAUUAUAAACAUGCUCAAUAUGUUGUACCAAAUGUUCGACGAUAAAAUAACGCAAUACAACGUGUACAAAGUGGAGACGAUCGGAGAUGCUUACAUGGUCGUGUCUGGACUCCCACAGAGAAAUGGCAAUCUUCACGCCUCAGAAAUAGCCGAUAUGUCAUUGGCUCUGAUGCGGUGCCUCGAGGGUGCAAAGGUGCCGCACAGACCUGAAGAACUGCUGAGGAUCCGAGCUGGUGUGAACACUGGGCCAUGUGUUGCUGGAGUAGUGGGCACCACAAUGCCGAGAUACUGCCUGUUUGGAGACGCCAUCAAUACUGCAAGUCGGAUGGAGAGUACGGGGGAAGCGAUGAAAAUCCACAUUUCUCCGAGUACGAAAGCAGCCUUAGAUGAAAUUGGGGACUAUGAAAUGAAAUCAAGAGGAUUCGUUGAUAUUCAGGGUAAAGGUGUCAUGGAGACAUAUUGGCUGGUCGGCAAGAAGGGCGGCAGAUCAGAGAGUCCCAGGGCUAUGCGGCUGCAGGAUUAUGACCAGAAUGUUUUGGAACUGCUCAUUAGAACAUGAUUUAAGACUAAUAAAUAUUAAGUUUGA